CUCCACCAUAUUCCAUCGUCUCAGCUCACCAUUCCUCACAAGAGCCAAUCAAACUCUUCCCUUCUUCCCCACCGCUUGUCUCAGCAUUUUCCAGUCAUGCCGGCCAAGCCACCACUCGUUUUCCAUUUCUUUCUCCUCUUCGUCCUCCUCCAUUACCCCGCUCCAUGCCUUUCCAUCCCGAGGAUCCUCUCCCUGGUCCCACAGAAGCCCCUCGUGCUCACCGACCACAAGGGCGCCGUCCUCUCCGGCAACAUCACCGUCAACGUCCUCUGGUACGGCCGGUUCUCCCCCCACCAGCACAAUGUUGUCUCCGACUUCUUCCGUUCCCUUAGCCCAUCCAAGCCCAGCCCGCAGAACACUGCCUCCUCUUGGUGGAGCAUCACCGGUGGCUACCGUAGCGGCCGCAGGACGAUCACCCUUGGGAAGCAGACCGUCGACCAGAGCUACUCCCUCGGCAAGUCGUUGACGAACAAAAACCUGGAGGCCCUCGCCUCCAAGGUCACCUCGGGAGGCUCCAGCAAUGCGGUCAGCUUUGUGUUGACUUCCUCCGACGUGAGCGUCGAGGGGUUCUGCAUGUCCCGGUGCGGGAGCCACGGGGCAGUGUCGGCUGGACGUCGUGAUAAUAAGGUCGCGUACGCGUGGGUUGGGAACUCCAUCAGGCAGUGCCCGGGCCAGUGCGCAUGGCCAUUCCACAAGCCCAUCUACGGCCCACAGAUGCCUCCACUGGUUCCCCCCAGCGGAGAUGUUGGAGCCGAUGGUAUGGUCAUCAACAUUGCCACUGUCCUAGCUGGGGCUGUCACGAACCCGUUCGAUGGUGGGUACUACCAAGGUCACGCCGAUGCAUCGCUCGAGGCCGUGAGUGCGUGCACAGGGAUAUUCGGGAAGGGUGCAUUCCCGGGCUAUCCAGGCAACGUCUUGAAGGACAAGGCGACCGGGGCGAGCUACAAUGCGGUCGGGGUGAACCGGAGGAAGUUUCUGCUGCCCGCCAUGUGGGAUCCCAAAACGAAGUCAUGCAAGGCCCUAGUGUGACCUACAAGACAUAUACGUGGGAUUUAUUAUCUAUUUUCCUGUGUUAUGGCCCUUUACGUUUUCUCUUCGGGGAUUUGUGUCUGUCCGAUGGAUCCGGUUUUUGGUUUAUCCCUUGUUCAAUUUUAAAUAAAGCAGUCCGAGGUAGGAAAUAAUUGACUCUUUCAUCUAAUAAGUUUGUUCCACGGAUGUUAGGAAAAUAGAUGUGUCCAA